AUGUAAUUUGUAAUAGUCAUAAUACUAGAAUUAAUUGUGAUUGGAGGAUGUUGUCAACCUCAAGACAAAAUAAAGAAAUCAAUAAUUCGAGGAAGUUAUACUAAUGUGUUGCAUUUAAAUAAUGGUGCUCUAAUAAGUUCAAGAAAAAUGAAUUAUUAUCCUGAAGGAUAGAUAUAAUCAUUAUGCUUGAGAGAUUCUAUCUAUAAUGUAAAUUGGCAGAAAGGAUAUUGGGGUUGUAAUUAAGGUAAUUCAAUUAUAAUUGAUUUGUUUUAAACUUAUGAAUUGAAUACAUUAAAGUUAAGAGUUUGGGACUUAGAAUUUGCACGAUGGUAUAAUUUAGAGGUUUAUAUUAUUUACAAUAAUAUAAAAAAAUUAAUAUUUACUACAACUCAUACUUAGGGUUUAUCGUAAAAUGUUAUUAAGAAGGUAGACCAAUUCUUAAAUGAUCCUUUAAAAUAUCAUAUUUAUUUUACUCAAUAAUAGUAUGCCAUAUAAAUCAAUAGAAUUGGAAUGUCCAUUUUUAUUUCAAAAUAAUUACUUUAUGAGAAUACAAUGAUCAUUAAUUUCAUAUAUGAUUUUUAGAAGUUUCCUCUAAAGUAAUCUUAAAGCAAUUUACAUCAUCAUAUUUUGGUAGAAACUAAUCAUAUAAUAAUCAUUAAUAAUUCGAUUUGA